UGCAGGCAGGAAGGUCGAGUGUAUUACACUGGCCCCACCUCCUCAAGCUCUCUCUGCAGCUGCUGGACUGGACACAAAAGCGUGAGGGACAGAGACACCAUCUCUGCUGAUUUGUACCAAACUCAGUUUCCAAGGGACCGAGAGGCCACAUGUGACAGAAGCCAGGGUGGGGGGCGCACGCCGCGGUCUGCAUUUCCCAGGUAUCCUGAGCCAAGCAAAGAUUCCGUCUAGGAGGAGCAGGACCAGACGUGCCUGACGUCAUGACACAGGUGGACCCCCAGGAAAGGCGCGGCAAGGUGUCUCCUCUCUGCAGCUUGAGUGAGGAAGCUCAUGACCCCCGGAUCCUGAGCGUGAGCUUAGACAGAGAAGAUGAGGAUGGCGGGGAGGCAGGAGACAAAGGGAGCCCUGGGGACCCUGAUCACCAGGUCUAUCCAAGAAACAGCUCGCAAGAGACUCAAGACAGUCCUGACUUGCCCUGGCAUCAUCCACCCAGUGAAGGAGAGAAAUUCUCCAGCCCCGUUAGUGCCGGGGGCGUCGGGAAGGAACCGACAGUGACGCCUGGAAAGAAGGCCGGCUGGGGAAGCGGUGAGUCCAAGAUCACCCGGAACCAGGACUCCCCUGGACCAGGCACGCCUCCGGGGACCCUCCCUAGCGACCUGUCGCACAAGUUGUUAGGUCGGACGCAACCGCUUAGGGACUCACUACUUGCCGGAGAUGAUGGAGACUCCAGGGCAAACCUGGACGCUGCCUUGGGCGUCCCAUCCAGCUUCCCUGAGACGGGAAGAGAUUUCUGUGCACAGAGAGGCGUAGACACAUCCCCAGACAGCUCCUCUCCGAUGUGUUUCCCCAAGCCGGGGGGCAACUGGGACCUCCCCACGCAGGAGACGCGCACCCCGGCCCGGGGUUCUGUCCCCCCAGCCAGUCUGGCAGCAGCGAUGCUGGCCAAAGCGCGGACCGGCAGGAAGGGCCAGAAGCUGGAGGGUGCGCAUGAGGCGGGGCAAGGAGAGGCACAUCCGUAUAAGUGCUUGCGGGGAGGAAGGGCCUUCCAGAAGCCCAGCAAUCCCCUGGGUCCCUCGCAGCCGCGGGGCACCAAGCCUUAUGCCUGUGAGCUGUGCGGGAAGACCUACUCUCACCGGGGCACGCUCCAGCAGCACCGCCGCCUGCACACGGGCGAGCGGCCCUACCAGUGCCCCUUCUGCGACAAGGCCUACACUUGGUCCUCCGACCACCGCAAGCACAUCCGCACCCACACGGGGGAGAAACCCUACCCAUGCCCGGACUGCGGGAAGGCCUUCGUGCGUUCCUCCGACCUGCGCAAACACCAGCGCAACAUGCACAGCAACAACAAGCCCUUCCCGUGCGCCGAGUGCGGUCUGACUUUCAACAAGCCACUGUCGCUGCUGCGCCACCAGCGCACGCACCUGGGCGAGAAGCCCUUCCGCUGCCCCGCUUGCGACAGGGAGUUCGCCGUGGCCAGUCGAAUGAUGGAGCACCAGCGUGUGCAUUCAGGCGAGCGGCCCUUCCCCUGCCCCACCUGCGGCAAGUGCUUCACCAAAUCCUCCAACCUGAUCGAGCACCAGACGCUGCACACUGGCCAGAGGCCCUUCAAGUGCGCCGACUGCGGCGUGGCCUUCGCGCAGCCCUCGCGCCUUGUGCGCCACCAGCGCAUCCACACGGGGGAGAGGCCCUUUCCUUGCACCCAGUGUGGCCAGGCCUUUGCCCGCUCCUCAACCCUGAAGCGGCACCAGCAGAUCCACUCCGGGGAGAAGGGCUUUCUCUGCGCCGAGUGCGGCAGGGCCUUCCGAAUCGCCUCGGAGCUUGCCCAGCAUAUUCGGGUGCACAACGGGGAGAGGCCUUACCAGUGUGAGGAUUGCGGCCAGGCCUUCACCAGGUCCAAUCACCUCCAGCGGCACCGAGCCAAGCACAGCACCUGCAAAAAGGAGACCAUCCCCUCCUCCUCUGAUGAGUGAGGGCUCGAGCCGCUAAGUCUCAGGGAAGGUGAAGACGCUGUCGUACCUCACUGCCUGGAACCCUCCUUCAUGGACAAGCCCAUUCACAUGGUAAUGUCGCCUAGCCCCACUGGCCAGCCUUUCCUCCCAGUGAGUCCUGGCCAUGGGUGGUCCAUUUGAUAAAAGUGUUUGAUCUCUUGUGUAAAAAGUAACAGGAGGGCUGGCACCUAUGUGGGGUUUCCUAUCUGUCUUUCUUCCAAAUCUCAGAGGCCGUACUCCAUUGGAAAAAGAUAAGAAACUGUAGUGAGAACUGAUCAAGAGUUGAGUUCCAUGGUGGGGGAAUCUCAGUGGGUUGGGAAUGAUAUCCUGGGCACUGUGCAAGCCUCGAGGGAUACAGUGAAAAAAAAGGUUGUCCUGUCCUGCCCUCAAGGCCAUGUGCAAAUACUAAGAAGACCUCAGGGGCUGGUCCUCUUGGGGAGAAAGGUACUUUUCAGUUUUUACAUGAAUAAGGGAAUCUAGAAGUGGUAUCUGUGAGCACCUCUUUCAAAGCAGCAAAACCUCUCUGAGGUUAGCUCAGACCCAGCCAGACAGCCCAUUAUUUCACUUUCCUGCCAAAAUUACUUUCCCCUUGGGAAAUGGGUCUCAGCUUUGAGGUGGAGAAGGCCUUUGUCUUAAAGAGAGGGAAGUUUAUGUCCUAUGUUUUGGAAUCAAAAACACAAGUUUUUUUGUUGUUGUUGUUGUUUUUGUUUUUUUUCUGUAAGUCCAGAAAAACCUUAAUAUCUGAAAAAGAAGUCCCUUCCUCUUUACAGUCAAAUACAGUAAGUUGGAUCGAACCUAAGUCUCUCCCACAAUAUUUACAUCAGCUUCCUGUCUGGCCACCUUUUCCCUUGUUCCCAACUUGGGAACUUCAACCAUAUGUAAUUUACAGAGAGUAAUAUGCCCACUUAGAGAGAGAUAUGUAGCAUUUCUCCAAAUGGGCGUGAUCGUAAUUCAAGAAACCUCUUAGAUUCAUUUAAGUUUUCUAGGUCAUUAGCUCCGAUUUGAAGUUAAUAAAAUAGAAUAGCCCUUGCCCAAGUGCCAAUUGGUUUGUCUUUGUUUCAAAGUCUUAAAACCAAGUUUGGAAACCCUCAUGAUUCACAAUUACUCUCCAAUGAGGUUAUUUGAAAUCUGUGUAUUACCAACAGUCAUUCUUCAAAAUGUAUUGACUUUCUAUCAUUUGAAAUCAGUAGUUCUUAGCUCUGGACCCAACUGCAAAGAAUUCAUGACUUCACAGAUUUCCUUUGAUGCACAGGGGCAAACAUGGAAUAAGAUGUCCCAAAAGAACAUAUAGCACUCUCCUUUGGUGGAUAUCUUUAUCAUAUUCCUAAAAUUGCCACCAAAGGGUGCCAAAUCUGAAUUUCUUUUGAAUUCUCCCUCGACACAUGGGAGACAAAGAGAAGUGAUACAUGUUGUCAUACUUUGUUUGAUAAAGGCAAACUUAGUAAAAGUGUUUGACUGCAGGCCUGGAGGUUUUGUGUCUUAACUCCCUUGGACACAUCUACAUGUCCAACCAACAGAAUUAGGUGGUUCAGGGUCUGGCAUGAGGGGCAAUGCUUGAGGUAUUAGUCCAUCCCCAUCCUUUACCAGUGAUAUGACCUUGGCUUCAGCUUCUGUAUCUGCAUUGGCUAAUCAGGAGUGAUAAUAAGGCAGCAAUAAAAGUUGGAGUUAUCCCACCAGGAAAGGAAAGUUGGCUAAAGGCAUGGGUAUUAAAUUGGUAAAGGUUGUAAAAAAUCAACCAUAGCAUUGUGAUUAUCAACAGCAUAAAGUCUUGUAUAUUUUUCCUGGUUAACCAAUGAAAUCUUUGAAGACUGAAGUCAUUGUUUCUUUUCUUUGUAUUAUUUUUUUUUAAGAUGGUUGUUAGUACAAUUUUGAUAAUUAAAAUAUUUAAUUUGUUUCCAUAAAUUUUUAAGGCUAUUGUUCCCCAAACCAGUUCAUAGAAUGGCUAUAGAGAAGGUACCUGAGCUGUUUCUUGACCAUACAACCUGCUGAAUCCUAGCUUCGGACAUUGAAACAAGUCUGCAGGUCAUUUUGGAUUCUAAUCUUUUAAGCUUCCCCUAUUUUCUGACGCACAGCCAAGUUGGGACCACUGGUCUACUUAAUCAUUGGUGAUAAUUUCCUUUUAUCAUCUAGCCAGCAGAUAGCAUGAAAAUGAGCAGGCAAUCAGGAUGAGAUCACAACAGAAUGAGACUAAAAAUAGGUUCAAGCUUCUGGAAGACCUCCUGACAAGGAUACGAUGGACUCAAGCUAUCAAGAAGGUUGUGAAGUGGUUGCAUAAUCUCAUUUCUGCAGAUGAUGUGCGGUAUCUCUGUGUAGCUUCCAGAUGGGCACACCUAUGGGGAAAAAGUGUGUCCUUUUUGUUACUAGGCAGAAAAAACCAGGUUAGCUUGUGCUGGGUAUCUUUGGAGCUACAUACUGUGUUUCUGGAAUAUAAAGGAUUGUAAUAUACUGAACAGGUGAAGAGAAGUUCAAUAAUCCUUCAGUAGUGUCACUUAGUCAAGUCACAUUUUAAGGAAAAUUCUCCCAACCAGUAUUUUCUCAUACCAGCUGCAAGGGUCAUGUUGAAUAUGUAUUGCAGGGGGAUGCAGUCCCCUUACUGUAGCCACAGGUCAUUGGGCUGGACAGUGAAAGGUCACAAUUCAUGGAGUGGAGAAGCAGAUACAAAGGAGAAGACAACCAUCUACUAACUGGUGUGGCAUAAAUUCUGCCCAGUGAAGUCUGCGGUCCAAAGCAGGGUCAUUUGAAUCCUCUGUUUAUAGAAGAAUCAGUAUUUGAAUAAGGUUAUUCUGUCUCAGAUUGUUAUCCCAAAUAAUAGUGAACUGCUUUUCUAGUUCCCUAUAAACCUUCACAUCAUAGCAGACGAUCUUGUUUCCCCAUUCUGUAAUUAAAAAUCAGAACAGGGCCUUCUUUGCAAUAGAAUUUAGAGCUUCUCUCUAGACUAGUGCCAUUUCUGCAGGUUAGUUUGCCAAAAUUAAUUUGGAUAUACCAAAUAAAAAUGAUCAUUUAUAAGACUCAACUAAAUAAACAUUCCCUUGAUAGUGUCACCAGAGUUCCCAGUUAUCACGAUCCAUAUCCUUUAGAUAAUAGUGAUAAUAAUUAUCACCUUACGUAGUAUUCAGUGUGCUUGGGUUUUAAGUGUUUCAUCCAUAUAUUAACUAUUGAAAUGUUAAAGUAAACCUAUGAUGAUAAUUAUCCUUAAUUUUAAGAAGAGGAGAUCAAGAGACAAAGAAGUUAUAUUGCCCAAGACAUUAGGGCUAAGGGGUAGCAUAAUGAUGUUUCAACAUUUAGGCAUUCAGUGGAGGCAAUUAAUGGCUCCAGAGACUGCUGUUAACCACAGGGCCAACUGCCUCUCUUUGGCAUGGAAGAAGACUCUGCAAUUAUUGGUGACAUGCAUUUUCAAAAGUAGGUGACCAUAAAUUCAAGAGAUGAUAAAGGUUGAAACACAGCACAGCAGAAAUUUGGCUUGACCCAGGAAGAAAGACCUUGUGGAUUUGGGAUUGGCAGCUGUUAAUCAUUAACCCCUUAGAGAAGCUGUCGAGAAGCCAGCCAGGAAAAAGGGGUUGGAGGCCAUAGUUCCUUGAAGGCCCACCAAGGGUUCAUUUCCCUAAUGAAACAUUCUGUGUCUACGCCAUACACAGAAAAUUACACCAGCAAAGAAUCUUGACACUCAACACUUACACAAAAUUUUAUCAUCCAAAUGCAUGCACAUUAAACAGCUAUAUUACCUCUGAUAGAAACCCAACAGAUCACCCAGGAGUUCCAACUAAGCCUUCAAAAUUAUUGCAGGGAAGGAAAUGAUCAAUUUAAUACUCAUAUUAGAAUACUCAAACAGAUGUCUUUGCUAGACUCAGAACUAGACUGCAGACUACAAACUCAAUGACCCAUGAAAAUAUCGCCAAAGACGGAAUGACAAUGUUUCAUUGAGCCAGAAAAUGGUGUCUUUUUAAAGUUGAGAGCGAAGCUCAUUUUUAACAUCAGUUGCCUUCUCUCUAUUCUGCAUAAAUCCAUGCCAGAACAAUUAAAAAUUUUCCACAAUGGCUAGAUAAUAUUUUUCCAUGUUUUCUCCUUAAUGACUUCCCACAAACUCAGUCAAAUUGGCUGAGUCUCACUGUCUCAGGAGUGUCAGGCACUCAGUAGACCGGAACCGUGAACAGUGAACCUGAACCUGAACAGUGGAUAAAUGGGGCUUCUAUAAAGCCUAAGCUAAUAAUUAGGAUUUAAAGUAAAGUUGACCCCUUCUGUAAAGCAAAGAGAAUAUAGAGGAGGUCCAGGACAAGAAGGGAAGCAAGGAUCUUCUGUGGUCGUUCAAUGAGGUCAAGGACAAGUGGGAUUAGUAAGUAAGAUGAAGAGAUGUCCAAGACUUCAGAGGUGGAGUCAAUAAGGUUUGGUUACAAGGUAAUAACAACUACCAAACAGUGAACACUUUUAGGGUUCUGGCACAACCUCUAGCAUCCCAACUAAUCCCUACCACAGUCGGUUAAGGGAGACUCUUAAAAAAUAUUUCCACGUGGGAUAUGUAACUCUUUUCUUGGAAAGCAAAUAAGAUUAAUAGUUCUUGGCUAUUGUCUAUCAGUAUUGUUAAGCAAAGAUCACUAAGGCCUUUGUCCUCCUUCUAAGAAAAAGGUUGCAUAUCUGUCACACCGAGAACAUGCAGCAAAUCCCCCACCUUUCAGUUUAGAAAUUAUGCUUGCUUACAUUUUUACUUUCUGCAGUUAUGGUGGUGUAAAAAAUAUGCCCACAUAAGUGUCCAUCAAGGGAUGAAUGGGCAAAGAAGUUCCGGUGUACACAUAAACACACACAAUGGAAUAUAAGUUAGCCGUGAGAAGAAGGACAUCUCCCCACGCACAAAGACAUGUUGGGGACAUAAAGUAUGUUAAAUGAGUUAAGUCAGACUGAGAAAAACAAAUGCUGUGUGAUGUCACUUAUAUGUGGAGCAUAAAAAAAAAUCAAACUUAUAGAACCAGAUGCAAGGGUGGUUGCCAGAGGCUGGGAGUGGGAGAACUGUGGAGAUACUGGUCAAGGGGUGUGACUUUCAGCCAUAAGCUGAAUGAGGCCUGAAGAUCUGAUGUAAAACACAGUGACUGCAGUUGGUAACAUUGUAUUGUGUAACUGAAAUAUGUGAAGAGAGUAGAACUUCAGUGUUUUCACCCCCACCCCAAAAAACAUAAAUAUGUGAGGUGACAGAUGUGUUAACUAGAUGGGGAGAGACCCCUCACAAUGUACAUGUGUAUCAAAUCACCACAAUGUGUACUUUAAAUAUCUUACAUUUUUUUUGUGUCAGUCAUACCUCAAUAAAGCUAAACUUAAAAAAAAAAGAAUUUAAAAAUUAAAUAAAAAUUUUAAAAUACGUCUACAAAUUCUGUGAUACGCCUCCCUUUAAGAAGUCAGCCUAAUCUCUUUCCUUUUUUGUGUAGGCUACACUCAAUGACUUGGUUCUAAUAAAUACAAUAAAGUAGAAUUGUCAGUGCACAGCUUCUGAAGCUAGAUCACAACCAGCAUUGUGGCUUCCACUGUUUGCUUGAUAUCUCUCUCUCCUUCUCUCUCUCUCACCCCCUUGCCCCUCAUUACUUGCUCUGAGGGAAGCCAGCCACCGUGUCGUGAGCAGCCUUAUGAAGAGGGCCUUGUGGUGAGGAGAUGGUUAACAGCCACAUCGGUGAACUUGUAGGGGACCCGUUAACCCCAGCCGAGAGUUCAGAAUGACUGCACAUCUGGCUGACGACUGGAUUGAAACCUCACAAGACACCCAAAGCCAGAACUAUUUAUCUAAGUGGCUCUCAAAUCCCUGAUCCUUGGAAACUGUGUGAAGUAAUAAAUGCUUAUUAUUUUAA